AUACAAGUUGCAUCAGCACGGCGCCUCGUCCGUUGGAAAGAGUCGAGGAGCAAAGCGGUUGAAAAGGUGUCCCUGAAGAAGAGUUUCCGUCAUUAUGCCUUCAGAAUCAUCUUGACUCACAGUUGUUCCGACACUCUGAUGGAUUGCAUUUCUAUCCUGUGAAGGAUGACUUCCACGUCGGAUCGUUUACGGACAACCAAUAAUCACACGAAUGAAUGGAUAGCAUCGGCUGUGACUACCGAUAAUCCUCGGAAAGCACAAACAGCAACGAUACCGAUAACGAACGAUUCUUGGCAAGCUGAACCAGCUACGCCCUCGCUGCGUUACAGCAUAGGAAGACCUAACCUUUUUCAGAGGACUGAACGUGCCAGUAUCACGAAGCUCUCGGCUGGAAAAACUUCGGAGGACUCGACAGAAGCUGCUGGAAACACUAUUGCAAUGGAAAUGCCAGUGAUUCACGAGCCACAUGCAGUUCAACUGACUCCUUCGGUGCGUUCGCCGACUUACCAAGAAGAUUACUGGAACAGGUUAGGAAACUUCGGAAUGGCUGCAGUUCGUCGACUACCACGGUAUCCCGAGGAAGACGCAGCCGUUGGUGUAAACAUGUCCCAAGCGAUGAUCGCCAUGCAAAAAUUGCAAAAGUUGAAGGAACUUCAGAGAAAACGUGAUCUCACGGAGAGAUACUACUCCCAAGAGAUCAGAAGGCUGAUCGGUGAUCAUUACAAUGGCUCUGGGUUGAGUCAGUUUAGAAAACCUGGGGAAGAGUGUCCGGUGCAACGAAAAAAGCAGCCUUGCGCCGAGGAACACGUGAAAGUGAACGUUUUAAAGACUGUCGAACCUUGUGGGACGAUGACGACGAUAACUCGACUGGAUUGCGGCUGCGUUCAGGAAACGACUAGACCGAUUUUUACGACUUCUCGAGGCAGAGUGCAGAAGAGAAAUUGCGACGUUGCGCAGGACCCUGUUGUUCUAAAAUUAACUUCCUCCAAUCCUCAGGAACAUCUUCACUCUCUGCUCGAUACUUCCUCAAAGGGAUUUCAUGGCGCUUUCAAGGGCAGACGGAGUUCCUUAGUGGAUUCCAGUAUUUCCCCAAAGAUCCCAGGUCAUGAUUAUGACUCGGUGCCACAUCGUAUUUCUUCCCUUUCCUCGCCAAAUACCUUAAGAAAACCGGAAAUUCCGAAGAGAUAUUCGCCCCUGAAUCUGACUCAGCCGCGGGGACAUUCUCCACUUCGACGAUUUAACGACGCCGACACGUCCUCUGAUUCGCACUGAAGAUUUUAAUAUUCUCAGAUGUACUUUCGA